CAUUCCGAAGGAUCAGCGCCAUGCACAAUAGAAAUUUAUGAGGUUAUAUUGUAUUAACUUAAUGUCGACUUUCAGUUUGGCUAUUGCAAUUGUUCCGUUGUCCAUUAGACACUACCAAUCAAAUCAUUACAACAAAUGCCAAACAUCUCCACUACUUGCGCUCUGAUGGGUUGUUAUCAGUAAAAAUUAGACUCUUUUUAUCACCACAUCACAUCACAGCUCACCCUGAAAUUUGUUAAUUGGAAUUGCCUUGUAAUGCCAUUGAAUUCGACACGAUUACCUUGUUGUUCCAGGUUUGUCCCAUCGGUAAUGAACUUCAACGACUGUUGACGCUUCAACAGAAGUAAAAGAGAAGAAAAACAUGUCUCUACCAUUAAAUGGCGAAUAUCACAAUAAUAAUAACGAGUUUGUUUGGCUCAAUCGGACUAAAACGAAAGACAAAAAAUCACUUCCAAAGCUCGCGCAUAGUGAUUGAUGUUAGUGGUACUUUAUCGUGCUCGAUGCUUUUUGUGCUGCCUAAUUUCAUGCUAUUUGGCUGCUCAUCAAUUAGUAUUUGAUUUGUGUCUCUUUUUUCCAAAUCCAUCCAUUAAAAAGCUGUCUAUAAAGCACGCCAAAAAAAGCAGGCCGAUAGCAAGUUAAAGUAAAAAAAAAGCAACUAUCAUCAUCGAUAUCGCACCACAUGCUUUUCCUGAUGGGAGCAAAGUGUUGGAGCGCCUUUUUUUUAUUAUGAUUGUCACCCGUCCCCGUCGUCGUCAUCGUGUCUUGGUGAUCGUUUGCGUUCGUUAGCGCGAUUUGAAUAACGUUAACGAGAGCUUUUUCUGGACACAGGGGCACCCACCCCAACUUUGCCCACCUUGUCACGAGCUUAGCAGCUUACCACACAUAUUGUGACUGGCCUGGCCUGGGGGACGUUUGUUUAUAGAUUUGGCUUGAAAAUGGCUCCCCGGGCUAAUGUGUUGGUGCUCUUUUUCAUUCGUUUGGUCGUCGGGCAAGUCGUCAAAGAGGAGAGGACCAAGGGCGAUGGAGGGAUCUCCAUUGUAUGAACAGCUGUUUUGCUGUGGGGAGGGAGAGACGGCGGACCACGAAUUUGACGGCCGUCGGAAACGGCCACGAACCGGUCUUGUCAGUGUUGUCCCGGGACGUAGUGAAGAAGCAUCGCAUACCAACACGCUCUUUCGCUCUUUCGUUCGCUUCCUGCGCGAUCGCGUGCACUUUUGGAGAUUCCAAAAGCGCGCUCGUGCUUUUGGGGAAGUGCUCGAUGGGAACGUCUUCUGCCCGACGCCGUGGCAGUAGCAUCGCAGUUCCUAACCGGCAGGUUACCGUGGGCAGUGUGGUGCGAUGGUCGGUGGCAGGAUUUCUGGUGACUUGUGCAAUACUGGUGCUAGUGCUCCCAUGGCCUCUGCCCUACGAACAGUCGAUCGAGCAGAUCAUGCAGGACCGUGCGCAACAUCUGCUGGAACAGUGUGAAACGAUCCGUGCGCUCGGCAAUCUGACCGCGCCGAAUCCGCGCACGUCCCGGCCCAACUAUCUGUACUUCAACUACUUCUACCAACCGCAGCACCAGCUACUGUGGUGUUCCAUCAGCAAGGUUGCCUCCAGCAGCUGGAUGUAUCAGUUCAACCGGUGGGCGGGCGUGCCGCGCGAAAAGAUCGACAGCGUGGCCCACGACAUGAAGGGGCUGACGCGCAUGUACUAUCCCGUCCCGACACGUGCCGACGUGGAGCGGAUGAAGCAGAACGUGGAACCACCGGUGGUGACGCGGUUUCUGCUCGUGCGUGAUCCGUUCGAUCGAUUCGUGAGCGCGUACGAAGAUCUGAUCGUUCGACCGCAGAGCGAUAACUAUCGCAACCUGCGGCGGUUCAUCUUUCGGGAAGUUUAUGGGGCGGAUACUCCCCCAGGCAGUAACAACGAGAAGAAUGACACCUCCGGUGACGACUACCCCGUGCCAAGCUUUAGCGACUUCACCGAGUUCGUACUGCGGCGCCCGAACGUGCUGGAUCCACACUGGAACACUUACUACAAUCUGUGCGAUCCCUGCUUUCUCGAGCCGACCGUCAUCGUCAAGCUGGAAACGUACGAUCGGGACGUAGCGCACAUUCUCCGGCUGGCGAACGUGUCGAGCGACGCGGAUAAUUAUGAUAAUGCUGCCGCCCAGUUCGAGGGAUACCGGCUGAAUGUUAAUCAUCAUCGAGGCAGCCCCGGUGACAACGGUCGGGCACAACGGAACUUCACCACCACGGUGGAUCGACUGGCGGAACUGACGGAGGCCCAGUUCGAGCGGCUGUACCGGCGGUACGAGCUAGAUUUUCGAUUGUUUCAGUACGACGCCAGUCAUUACUUUGCACUGUACAGGACUGAUUAAGAAGAGGCAGCAUUAACGUCAGUCAGAAACUGUGAUGUUUUUAUGUGUGUGGUUAGCUUAUCUGGUAGCUUUAUCUUAUUAGACUUUUCUGUGGAAUAAAUUAAACUGUGGACAAAAAUGCGGCCCCAGUCAUUUA